GAGUUUGGGGGGUGUCAGAGGUUUUAGGGAACCUUCGCUGGCACUGAGAAGGUGUCCACGAUGGGUUUGUGUCGAAGAUGCCGUUAAAAUUGUCAAUUCAGAGCACCUGGUGUUUAUCCAAGGGGGUGCAGCCACCCCUCUGGAACUCGUCCGAGCAUUGACAGAGCAUGGAGUCUGCAAUAAUCUCCGUGGUGUCCGGCUCCUCCACAUGGCCCUCGAGGGAGACGCCCCGUUCAGCAAUCCCGAGUUUGAGAAACACUUCAGGUCCAUCAGCUUCUACAUCGGCUCCAACCUGAGGGACGCUGUGAAUGAUGGUCGGGCUGAUUAUAUUCCCGUUUUCCAUCACGAAAUCCCAAAGCUAUUUUAUGAGGGCAGUAUUUCCCCGGAUAUUGCCUUCAUCCAUGUCAGUACGCCAGAUCUUCGGGGGUUCUGCUCACUGGGGACGAGUGUGGAUUGCACAAGAGCGGCUUUGUGCACCGCAAAAAUUAUUGUCGCGCAAGUGAACGAUCACAUGCCAAGAUCCUUCGGUGAAGCUGUGAUUCACUCGAGUCACAUAGACUUCGCAGUAAAAUUCGAUUGUUCCCUGCCCUGUGUGAGUGGAGCUCCUCCUAACGAGAUAGAAACUGAAAUCGGAAAGAUUGUGGCUCAGAGAUUGGUCGAGGACGGUGCAACCAUUCAGCUGGGUCUCGGGAACAUUCCCGAUGCGAUCCUCUGCUCCUUGAGUAAUCACAAGGACAUCGGAGUGCACACGGAACUGAUGAGCGAAGGGAUGGUGGACCUCGCCGAGAAGGGGGUGGUUACAAAUAAGCAUAAAAAAAGACAUCGGGGCAAGAUAGUCGCUGCGUUGGGCAUUGGGACCAAGAAGCUUUAUGAUUACAUUCAUAAUAAUCCUGCUCUUGAAAUGCUGGGAAUUGACUACACAAAUGACCCUCGAAUAAUCUCGAGUCAGCCAAAAAUGACAGCGAUAAAUUCCUGCAUAGAGAUGGACAUAACCGGUCAGAUCUGUGCAGAUAGUUUAGGCUACAAAAUGUACUCUGGGAUUGGUGGACAACUGGACUUCCUCCGAGGCUCUGCCAUCGGCACAGAUGGCAGAGGGAAAUCCAUCCUUGCAUUUCCAUCGGUGACGAGUUGUGGGGAGAGCAAAAUUCAGCCUGCACUCAAGUGUGGGGGAGGAGUUACGUCCACAAGAGCUCAUGUUCACUACGUGGUGACAGAGCAUGGUGUAGCUCAGUUAUUCGGAAAAACUCUGAGACAGAGAGCCUGUGCAUUGAUCCAAAUUGCUCAUCCAGAGCACAGGGAGUGCCUGGAGAGAGCUGCUUACGAUAGACUCAAGUGCAUGCCCACGAAAUACCUUUAGGGAAUAUCUGCAUAAUUUUUGUAUUCACGUGUAGGAACGAAAUAUAUCGAGCUUUAAUUUUUUUGAAAU